AUGUCACGAUACGGGAAAGCGAUCAAUGUAGAUAUCGGUGAUCAGAAGUUUUAUUCUGUAUUUGGAUCACCGAAUGUAGAUCUAGAUUUAACUUCUGCCAAAACUCAGAAAGCAAUAUUUGAUGUGAUCCAUUUUUGGAUGAAAGAAGGAAUAGAUGGAAUUCUCCUGGAUAAUGCUGCAUUUUUUGUUGAAGAAAAAGAAGAAGAAGAAGAAGAAGGAACACAGAGCAACCUCGGUUCAACAUGGUCGGAAAACUGUCCCAAUUCUCAAUUAUAUAGAAAUGGAAGUGUGAAAUUUGUUGAAGGUGUAAGAGAAGAAAUGAACAAGUGGAUUAAGGAAAGUGGAAAAGAAAAAUUAUUGGCUGUGAACUCUGGUGAUACAGGUUGUGGUGUGGGCGAUAAUCCAGAUCCAAUGUUAAUGUUCAGAGAUGUGGCUGAUUUAAUAAUCAGUCGUGAAUUGGUUUUCAAUAGGGGUAGAAGUGAAAUGCGAUUAUCAUUCGACAAAACAACCAUACAGAAAUAUUCUACAUAUUCAGACUCUGAUAAGGAGAAAUUAGGAUUGAUAACAAGUACUUCAAAUAAUCCAACAGAUUCAAAUGUGAUUCAGCUUGCAUUAACAUUAUUAUUACCAGGACAACCAAUAAUUUAUUAUGGAACUGAGACGGGUAUCAAUACCAUGGAAUUAUCUCGUAUUCCGGAAAAGUUAUAUCCAAAAGGGAAACGUCACAAUAAUGAAGUGGGAUUUUGGUCUACACGAUCUCAUUUACCAAUGCCAUGGGAUUUCAAUGGGAGGAGAUUUUCAGCAACAAUAAAUGACUCUAGUUUUGGUGACUAUUUGGAUGGUUAUUCACAUAAAGAAACCGUUGAAAUUCAGCUUGCUGAGGGAAAUAAUCUAUCAAAACUUAAUCUCGUUAAGAAAUUGGUGACUUUACGUCAGCAUCAUAGUUUGAAAUGGGGAACAAUGGAGCGGAUAAGUUUUGGUGAAGAAUCGUCAGAUCAUGCAGAAGCAUUUGUACGAAAGGCAAAAGGAUUUCCAACAUUCAUUGUGGUAAUAUUGAAGCAGUUAAUGGAGGAUUAUCUUUUGGAUCUCACCCCUAUUUGUUCAUCAGUUACAUCGAAAAUAAUUUAUCCUUCACAUCCACAUUUACAAGUUGACAUUCCAUUAACAACUUCAAAAAUAUACAUUCCGAAAAUGGAUAAUUCAAACUACAUCUUAGUAUUUCAUUGUAAUUGA